UUGACCGGGAUAUUUUGAAAGCAACAGGGUGGAAACGGCUGGUUGUUUAGUGUUCGCGAAACAAAUCAACUUCGAACGCAUUGAAAACAGUCUGUUAAACAGACAGAGUUGUUCGGUCGGGUUUUUAGCGCAUCCAUGGAGCAGGAAACCCAGGAAAUUGGAUGUAUAAUCAGCGACAUGUCGGACAUGGUGCUCGUUGAUUUUCAGUCUGCCGUUAAAUCUCAGGAAGCAGAGGAAUGCCUCCCAGGAGCGGGGAGCAACCUGUUGGAUAUAACCCAAGCCCUUUUUCAGAAUGAAAACAAUGAGAGCGGAGAGGACAGUGAUGAUGAUGAUGACGACGACAGUGGCACAGAUAACAUCGGCAGUGAGAAAUCAGGGACCCAGCUGCAGAGAUGUGAGCGACAUGGAGGAGAGAGCUCAAACCUUCCGGAUACCUUCCAGACCAGCAACCUGCUGUUCUAUGAGAGGUUUAAGGCAUAUCAGGACUACAUGCUGGGAGAUUGUAAGCCCUCAGAAGUGAAAGCCUUCACAGCAGACUACCUGGAAAAGGCACUAGAGCCCUGUGACUGGCUGGCUUUAUGGAGCACUGACGUCUUCGAUGUUGUGGUGGAGGUGCAAGAUCUGGACCUAAACGACCUUAAGGCAUGCGUGAAGCUGGUACUGCCUCUGCAGUGGGAAACCAGAAGCUGUGAAAUCACAGAAGAGGCUUUUAAUUCUCUUCUGGAGGCAACUCAGCACAAAGUACUCCUGAUAGAGCUGCAGGUGGUUUAUAAUGAGUCAGGGUACUUGGAUCAGACAGCUCUUACUCUUGAGCACCUAAGGUUUUUCUAUAAACACAUCUGGAGGCAGUGGGAUGAAGAAGAUGAGGAUGAUGACUUUGAUUAUUUUGUUCGUUGUGUGGAGCCUCGUCUCAGACUCUACUACGACAUUCUGGAAGACAGAGUUCCAGCUGGUCUGGUGGCAGAGUACCAGUCCUUGCUGCAGAGCUGCUCCCAGUGCUUCCAGCAGUUUUCAGAGUUACGGAGUGGCCUGAGUCCUGACUCGGACUCGGAACUAGACAAUGUUUCCAUGGUGGAGGGCUUAAAGCUGUACGACCAGCUGGAAACAUUUAAACGCAAACUACACAUCAUCGAGAACCCAUUGUUAAGGUAUGUGUUGGCCUACAAAGGGAGCUCCAGGCGGCAGUGUGUGCAGAGCCGUGGGCUCAGAGCGUCGGGUAUGAAGGUAGUUCAUGUAGUAACGGGAGUCUGCAGCACCAUACAGCUCCAGUCCCUCCUCACCGCAAGGCUCAUUCCUCUCAGCUCCUCUGAGGACACAGAGAUCCAGUUCCACAGAGAUCCAGUGUUAGCUGUGGAUGCCUGUCAUCAGGGUGACAUCGUCAUUGUUCUUCCAGGAACCUACAGUGUCAGCAGCUCCAUCUUCAUCCCAGACUCCAUCACCAUCGAAGGCUUUGGAUUUCCUGAUGAAGUUGUGAUUGAAAACCAGCACAAAGGGGACUUAUUUGUGGAGUCCACAGGAGCUGACGUCAGAGUGUCCAACAUCAAGUUCAUCCAACAUGAUGCUAUUGAAGGCAUUCUAUGUGUACGUCGGGGCACUCUGAACAUGGAGAACUGUGUGCUGCAGUGUGAGACCACUGGCGUGAUUGUGCGAACAUCUGCACGCCUCACCAUGAACAUGUGUGACCUGUAUGGCUCCAAGGGGGCAGGUGUGGAGAUUUACCCCGGCAGCAUUUGCAGUCUGGUCCGUAAUGGCAUCCAUCACUGUAAGGAUGGAGUCCUGAUCAAGGACUUUGCCAAUGAGCUGGAUGGGAUGCCAUCCAUCACCAUGGAAAACAAUGUCAUCCACAACAAUGAGGACUACGGGUUGAUUUUGGUUAAACCAGGUAAUGGAGAGGAACUCUCACAUGCCUGUGAGAGGGAAGAAGAUCCAGCUGAAGACAAGCAGGAGGAGGCAGUUUCAGAGCCUCUCUCCUCCACAUCAUCAGCAACAAAGCCAGACACUCAACUCAGCAGCAACUCUGCAGCCUCUCAGCUUGAGUCAGCAGGGAUCAACAGCACAGACGGUGACAUGGCCUCUGCUGCAGGCAAGAAGUGGCAGUUUGGUCGUCAGCUAAGCCGAAACAAGGAGGUGUCCUGCAGUCGACCAGUCCAGGAUCUGAUGGAGCAUCAGAUCUUUGUUUCUGUUCAAGGGAACCAGUUCAAACGCAAUGGCCAGGGCGACUUUGGCAUAUUUUUCUACUGACCUUCACACAGGCUAAUUAACUCUAGUUUAUUCGCUUUCAAUGCCAAUUCCGGUUUCUUGGCAUUACUUACAUGAUUACAGCUGGAUGUCUUCUUUUAUGAAGAGACUGCUGGUAAAAUGUUUUCUUAGAGGCGUUGCAUGAUGUUUGUAACACAAGGAGUGUGUUCUCAGUUAUAAUCAGCCUUUGCUUGAGUUGCUAUCCAUGCUCUGACCUUCAUAAAGAACAGUGGUGAGAAUUAAUAUUUUUGACUUUGCACAAAUGUUUUUAUCUAAAUUAUUCCUUUUGGGCUCCUGAUGCUGCUUUUUAUUAACUGUUUUACUUCUGAAUAUUAGUUUCAAAUUCACUUGUCAUGUUGAUGGUAGUUUUCAUGUUUGACCUUUUAUAAAAAAUAUUUAGAACUUGGUGAAUGGUAGAAAUCUAUUAAAAGUUUUUGUGGUUAUGGAUUUUCACAUAAUGGCUUCAGAAAUGUUUAAGGUGAAAUUGGUUUUUAUCAUUUGGGAAGUUUCAGAAUUCAGGGUGCUAUUUAAUUAGAACUGAUUACACUAAAGUCUUUGUGGUUUAACUUCAUAUCUGUAGAAACUAAAUAUAACAAGUUUUCUGUAAAUUAAAGACUGCUCAGAAAGAAAAA